UCCGGAUGUGAUGAAAAGAAAAAAAAAAAGUUUCAAUUCGAAUUUUCUUCAACUAACUCACGACUCCGAAUCGACUCAGAGCAGUGCAGCUCACUGGAAAUGUUUGUUUUAACGGAGUUUUCGUUUAUCCUGAAAAGAUCCUGAGCUGUUUUCUAUCUAUUUUUUGAACGGGGGAUGAGAUUUAUUUUGUCACAGGAUGAUAAACAGGAGGCACCGUUGAAAUGAAGCGGUGGAGUUUAAAACGGGUUUAAAAGGGUUGACGGCUGAUACAAAAGGGUGGCUUGGGUAUUUGUUUCGGGUGUGUUCAGUAUCUCAACAAGAGGUCUGGCUCAUGUCCGCGGAGACAGUGUUACCUCCGGAGGGGCCUGUAGGUCCGGACAAGCAACAGCAUGAGACGAGUCUGCUGCUGGCUAACUCCCAAGACACAUGCCACACUGAUGCUAAAGGAUUGUCUGAUACCACAGAAAAGAACACAGCUCCAUCUUCCAGAGACCGCUGUGUUGAUGUGCAGGAGGACAUGAGCAGAGAGAGCCCCGCUCAUGGUGACCCUAUAAGAACCCAGCCUCAGCCCGGUGAUGGAGAGGCCACACGGCUGCACAAUGGCCUCCACCCAGGCAUGAGCAAUGGCCAUAGGACUCCACCAGGAGCCACACAGCCUGCAGCCGCUUCUGCCUCCUUUUCUGAGAUGAGGAAACCACCACCUCCUGUGUCUCAGCGUGUGCAGAAAAAACUGCGUUCUAGCCUGUCCGUCAACAGUGACAGCAGCAGGAGGAGCAAAGGCAGUUCCACAGGCUCCCACAAACCUGGCUCCUCUCCAGAAGACUGUUGUGUGCAUUGCAUCCUAGCCUGCCUGUUCUGCGAGUUUCUCAACCUGUGCAACAUGGUGGUGGCUCAGGCAUCAUGUGGCGCCUGCACAUCAGAGGCUUGCUGCUGCUGCUGCUGUGGAGACGACCUAGGAGACGACUGUAACUGCCCCUGUGACAUGGACUGUGGCAUUAUGGAUGCCUGCUGCGAGUCCUCUGACUGUCUCGAGAUCUGCAUGGAGUGCUGUGGCAUCUGCUUCCCCACAUAAAAGCUCUGUUUGCCAGUAGUUAGCACAUGGAGACAGAGACAUUCCUGUGUGUGAAAGUACACGUGUGCCUGUUUGUAUGUAUCGUGUUCUUGAAAGUAUGCAUGCAUGUACACACUCUUACGUACAUGCAUGUACACACUCUUACUGGCCUCCAUCCAGCUGAGCAAACAGAUGCUUCAUCAGUUUAAACCGAUUACACAUGUUCUGUAUUUUUUUGUGUAUGUUACGUUUAAAGUAAAAUUAUGACCGUCAGUUACUACAUUAUCUCUAAUUUAUCUCUAAUUGUUGACACCUUUAAAAAAACAUAGGCAAAUCUUACUUUCUGAGAUAAUCAUUACACCCAGUGAUUCAAAAUGAAUUGGAGAAACCGCUUACACUACUUUAACCAGUGUACCUUUGACAAGUACACUGUUCAAGUUUAAGUUCAAGCUUAUAACACAUUUCAGUGCAGAAUUUGAGAGUGUGAUUUGUGAUCAUGUGUGUUUCCCAGAUGAGAUGUUUUUGGUGAAGGGGGAAAAAAGGGAACUGUAUACAAGAAAAAGAGAAGAAUCCCAUAGUAAAAUAUGUUAUGAAGAUUGAUGGAUUUAUGACUUUCACUAAACUCUAGAAUAUUAACGUCCAAAUCAGCCCUGAAGUUUAUUGCUAUCUGAUAGCACAUUUGACCACUGUUGAAAAUCUUUUGUCUGAUUUAAAAAAGAAUAUGGAGUAAAAUGAAUAAAGGGAUAUAAAGGCGCUUGAGAAGACAUUCUAAGAUCCCUUCUUGAGAUUUCAACAACUUUAAUGGGCUUUAGAGAAAGAUGCUCGGUGCUGUAAUUUUCUUUGUAGUAGGCUUUACCAAAAAAUAUUUAUUUCAUACCAAAUAAUUGCUUUUUAAUUAAAGCCAAAAAGAAUUCCCAUAUCUAUAUAUAUAGAUGGAGAAUCCCAUUCACUGCAUGCAUCAUUCAGAAUAUAUUUAUAUUUGCUCAUGUUCAUAAAUCAUGUCAAUAAUUCUGGAGAUGUCCUUUCUUGACAAGGUCUAACAGUGGUGUUUCGUGUCUUACCUACUAGUUUAACUCAGUUUAAACCAUGAUUUUGUAUUUCUUGUCUUACUCUAGAUUACAUUAGAGUAGACUUCUAACUACUAUGCUCUAAAUCAACACUGUAAUUUCCACAGAUUCACGUCUCUUUUAUAUGGCAGAGGGCAAGGCUCUGCACAUGUUUCAUGGGUAUUUCUGUCUGUUUGGAAAGCUUUCUUAAAGCAUUGUCUACUGUAUCUUGAUUCAUUACAGGUCUAUACUUUUGAGUGUGAUGGAAAGACGUUAGGAAGGAAUAAUGAACGAUGAUUCAAUUGUGGAAGAAAUAAAUGUAGAUAGUUCUUUGUACUUAACAACACCAAAUCCUGUUCAUACUCAAUUUCUCUUUAUUUCACUCAGUCUCGAACUUCACUACAAUCUAAACUUUCUUUUUAAUCCCUGUUAAUGUAAAUGCAUAGUAGAUUCUUGUAUUAAAUACUGGACAUAUUAUUCAAAACAAUAAACAUUCCUGAACCAGCGUUUUUGAGGUUGGUUGUACAUGUAGUCAUGAAUCUACAUGAAAUGAUUGAAUUAAUUUUAUAUGAACGGUUAUAUUUUUACAGUCAUAAUGGCCCUUAUUUAUUAUCGUUGCUUAUAGUCAAAGCUGAUUUCAUCCUUGGUGUAUCAGUGUGGUCAGACUCACGUCUAAUCAGAGUGUGUGGGAAAAUAUUUGAGCGUUCCACUUUACCAAUGUUUGGUUUGUAGUUAAAUCAUCAAUUAUAAUAUUCUUAGAAUGAAGAUUAUCAUCAAUAAUUCUAUUUAAUAAGUAGAAUAGUAUAAGUAGUAACAAAAAAAAUCAAAUAAGAUGAUCAGAAUUGCGAUUAUGGAAUCUUUGUACACAUAUAGAGGUAAUAGGUUUUUGUAUCGCUAUACGUAUGAAGCUGAUUUAUCAUUUGUGCUCUUUUUGAUAUUGUUCAUUAUUUUCCUGAAUCUGACACAAUUCCAUUCAACAGUCUUUAUACUCAAAUCUGUGCUCAUGUCUUUUUAACUUUGGUGGAUAAGGGUUAUUCUGAUACGUUUGGUACGGCUUGUGUGUUUUUGUUAAAACUGACUCAUCUCUUCAAUGUAAAAGACAUACUUGCUUAACUGCACUUUUCCAAGAGGGAUAUGAUUGGAAUUAGUAAAUAGCAACGUUGGAUGCACUAAACUUUUUUUUUUUAAUCUCAAGACUCUCAGAGCACAAGCAAAACUCAGUAAAACUAGUUUUUUUUAUAUUUUAGCUCUGAGCCACUGCAGGGUAAACGUGUGUGUUGGAUGUAAGACAAUUUGGUAAAUACAUUUUGUAGAGUGAUUAUUAACCCUAAAUUUACCAGUAGUUUGUUUGGUGUAUGAAAUGCUUGAAAUAACAGGGCACUUCUUCAGCAAACUGUAUCUGUAAUUGUGUUUUUUUGUUUGUUUGUUUCUUUCUUUCUUUAAAAAAAACAACAGCUAAUAAACCCAUUAUUAUGAA